UUCCAGCUCUAUCACGCCUUCAACAAUUUUGUUUGUCAUCCCGCUCGGCAAAAAACAAGGCAAUUUAACUUCUUCGUGUGAAUAUAAUUGAAAUAAAAAGCACAAACUAUGGAUUUGGAUAUGGCACGCGAUCUGCCACGCGCUGGCUUCAAUUUCGACAACUGCAAGCGCAAUGCGACUCUUUUAACCAAGGGCUUCAAGCCACCGACCACCACCAAAACGGGAACCACCAUCGUGGGCAUUAUCUUCAAGGAUGGUGUUAUCCUGGGCGCCGAUACCCGUGCCACCGAGGGACCCAUCGUCUCGGACAAGAACUGCGCCAAGAUCCACUACUUGGCCAAGAAUAUAUACUGCUGUGGAGCUGGAACCGCUGCGGACACCGAGAUGACCACAGAUCUGAUCUCCUCCCAGCUGGAACUGCACCGCCUGCAAACAGAGCGCGAGGUGCGCGUGGUGGCCGCCAAUGUGAUGCUGAAGCAGAUCCUCUUCCGCUACCAGGGUCACAUCAGUGCCGCCCUGGUGCUCGGCGGAGUGGAUAAGACCGGACCCCACAUUUACUCCAUCCAUCCACAUGGAAGCUCGGAUAAACUGCCCUAUGCCACCAUGGGAUCGGGCUCCCUGGCCGCCAUGACCGUGUUCGAAAGCCGCUGGAGACCCGAUAUGACCGAAGAGGAGGGCAAGAGACUGGUGCGCGAUGCCAUCGCCUCUGGAGUGUUCAACGAUCUGGGAUCCGGAUCCAACAUCGAUCUGUGUGUGAUCCGCAAGGGCAGCGUGGAAUAUCUGCGCAACUAUGAGCUGGCCAACAAGAAGGGCGAGCGCCAGUUGGACUACCGCUUCAAGCACGGAACCACUCCCAUUCUGCACACCACCGUCAAGGAUCUGCUGGUCACCGAACGCGUCCAGGUGGUGCCCAUGGAAACGGCUUAGAUGGAUUCCCUCUUCUACCUUUUCGUACAUUUAUUAUAAAAGAGCUUUGGCUCGGUGGAUCUGCUUGGAGUGGUUCAAUAAAAGAAGCCAUGCUUCACCUUAA